AUGUGCAAUCUUAGAUUCAUCGAAGUAUGUACAAUGUGGAACAAAGUGCUCCUUCCUAAGAACUUUGAAUUUUGUGCACAAGCACUAAGAUGUCUUUACUGGGAUUUUUAUCCUCUGGAAUCUUUGCCGUUAAAUUUUUGGCCAAAGAAUCUUGUAGAAUUUCGUAUGCCUUGGAGCAAACUCAUACAACUAUGGAAUGGAGGAGAUAAGGAUUCCGAAAGUAUUGCCCCAAAUCUCGAGUUUUUAUAUUUGGAAGGAUGUAAGAGCUUGGUUGAAAUUCCCUCUCUUCAAAAUCUGACCAAGCUUACUGAACUUCAUCUACGUGGUUGCUGCAAAAUCAAAGAUUGUCCAGAGAUUCCGUGUAAUAUAAGGAUUCUAACUUUAAAUUACACUGGAAUAGAACAACUGCCCUCAUCAAUUAAGCAUCUGUCUCAACUUGUCAUAUUGUCCUUGGAUCGGUGUACAGCACUCGAGAGUCUUCCAAGCAGCAUUGGCAAUUUGAAACGUCUUGAAGAACUUCAUCUAGCUGAAUGUUCAAGACUCGUGACUAUUCCAAGCAGCAUAGGCGAGUUGAAAUGUCUUGAAAAGUUAUUUCUCCAGCAUUGCUCAAAUUUAGCAAGUCUUCCUGAAAGCAUCAAACAACUUUCGAAGUUGAAACUGCUUAAUUUAAGAAGUUGCGAGAGACUUAAAAGUUUACCAGGGCUUCCAUCAUGCUUAAAAUUAUUAAAAGCAAUUGAUUGCCACUCUCUGGAAUCUGCAUCAAUUUCUUUCAAUUUCUUAGAACAUGAAGAUGAAAAUGAAGAAGCAGAUAAAAGUGAACAUGAAAAUGAAGAAGCACAUAAAAGUGAAUCUGAAGAUUGCAAAUUUCUUGAUUUUUGUAAUUGCGUCAAAUUGAAUAAGAAAGUAAUGGAGGAUGUUUUUGAAGCGCACCUGUUGGGUCAGAAAGUUACAUUAUUGAUGGCAGGAGGUGAAGUGCCAGAAAGGAUGAGGUAUAAGAAUAAAGGAUCCUCGCUUUCCUUCAAACUUGACCUUCGUCACUUAAUUGCCUUUUCUUUCUGCGUUGUUCUUCGUCCCAGCGGUUUUAUUCAUUUUCGUGGAUUUAAAGUGGAUUUCAUAUGUGAAUCUGGAAAUAGGCGGGAACGUAAUGCGUUCAACUUAUUUAGCGAUAAGGACGUUGCGAAUUGGAAUGGUUAUUAUGUAGGUCUGUAUCAUUCGUACUUAUCACACGUGUUGCUUUCAUUCAAUGGAUUGAGGACACGUUUUGAUGAAGAGUGUUUCGUUGAGGCCUCAUUUUGCUUCAAAGCUGACCGUUUCGUGCAUCUGCAGAGAAUUAUGGAGUGUGGGCUCUAUCAUCUGCCGCUCUAUUGUCAUUUGAGAGAGGGAAGACUAUACAGGAGAAUAAUUAAGCUCAAAUCAGGGGAAAAACAACAGGUGAAAUGA